GUGAAUUGAGAAAUUAAAAAUUUUAAUCUUCUGACUUUAAAGUUGAAAUCUAUGAAUUUUUUUCGAUUCUUUUUUUCUUAUGUGAAAUGUUAUAAACACUGUGAUAGUGGUAAUUUCGCGUAAAGCUGUUUAUUUGUCGAAUGGUUCUUUUAUAAAAGCAUCCAUCGGUCUCGUUAAUCAUAGUCAUGGACGUUGACAUAAAACUGUCGCGAAAAGGCGGACAACGCUUGGGCAUUCGAUUAUCAGGAGGGGCUGAUUUCUGUUUUCCGUUAACCGUUGUGAGGGUGGCACUCGGAGGGUUGGCCGAUCAGCAGGGUAUACAAGCAGGUGACAUGGUCGUGAAACUAAACGGGGAGGACAUACAUCAUUUGAGACACUGCGAGGUCCAAGAUCGACUUGCCAAAGCCGGAGACGAAUUUACAUUGACUGUCGUAAGGAACCUGAAAUUCGAACGAGUAAUAUCACAAUAACACGAUUUUUCCAUUUCAUACGAAACAAUAUUAUGUAAAUGCAUUCGAUUAAAGAUGACACGCAAACUUUA